AUGUGGUUCGAUAUCAAUCGAUUCCACCUUCUCGUCCUCUUCACUUGGCAGUUCUCCAUAUUCUUCGCGUCCCAACAGAUAUUCCCUAUCUUCUCGAACUAUGUUCCCCAAUGGAAAUGCGGUAAGUUCUUCCGCUCUGCGCGCGCUCCCACACGUUCUCUGUGUUAUAGGCAAUGGAGAACCGACGUCGGACUGUGAAGUGUACGAAUCCUGCAAAGCGAAUCUGACGUUCGUAAACGUGGCAUUCAAGUCGGCCGCCAUGGAAUACAACUGGAUUUGCGGAAAGUCCGCUUACCUCAAGUCACUUUUCUCACAGAUUCAGUUCGCCGGAGUUUUGUGCGGUACAUUCUCUUUCGGAGCAGUUUCCGAUUUAGUCGGAAGGAAACCAGUGGCAGUGUUCGCCCUAUCCCUUGGUAUUCUCAUGAACUUUGUCACAGGUAGUCUAGGGGUUACGGUACGCAAUUCGUCGUUUCCCAUUCAGGUCUCGCUCCGAACUAUCAAGUCCUUCUGGGCAUCCGUUUCUUCCUCGGUCUCUCCGUCGGAGGAACUCUCGUUGUCGUGUGCACAUUCGUCAUGGAAAUGCUCCUUCCGAAACAGAGAAUGGCUCUGCGCGCAUUUUUCAAUUGGGUCAGUUCGUUUCCCUUUCACUCAACGUCUUCUGCUUUUCAGGGAGUCGCCCGUCUCAUCAUGACACUCAUCGCAAUGGCUCUUCCCGAAUGGAGAAUAUCUUCGAUCGCCUGUGCAAUCGCCGCUCUUCCCGCCCUCAUUAUCAUCGUUUUCGUGUUCCCCGAGUCUCCCACAUGGCUUCACAACAAACAGAGAUUGGAGCAAAUGAAAAGAAGUGAGAAACACAUUGCGAAGGUAGCUGGAGUACCGUACAUCCCAGUUGAGCAUCAGAAGAUCGAGCAUUCUAAAGUGAGCUGCUUCUCCGUCGUUCUUGCUCAGUUUCCUCUUACAGACAAUGUGUGAGAUGCUGCAAACGAAGGGCCUGAUGCGCCGUCUGUUCGUCCUCUGGUCCAUGUGGUUCGUGGCCUCCAUCUGCGGAUAUGCGACCGAUCUCAAUUCGAACACAAUCUCGGGAGACCUCUUUGUCAACCAGAUUCUUUUCUCCAUCCUCAUCGCCGUUUCCAAGAUGAUUCUCGUCAUUUUCGACACGCACGUCCCGUCGUUCCGUCGGCGAACUCUCCACCAGGGGGCUCAACUCGUCGUCUGCAUUUGCUUCCUCAUUCUCACUUUCAUGACGUUCUAUGGAUACACUGUGAGCUCCGAGGCGGGUUUGAAACAUUGUCAUUCUUUCCAGGGAAUUGCCUUUUUGAUCGUCAACUUGAUCGGAACCGUCUUCAUCGAGUACACGUGGGAUGCGUGUUAUCUGUGCGCCGUCGAGAGUAUGGAGACUGCGUGCCGUGCAUCUGCCACCGGAACGUGCUCGCUCGUCGCGAGGGUCGGCGCGAUCCUUGCUCCGAUGGUAACCGGCUUCUCACCCAUUCCCUUUUUCAUUGUUUCUUUGUCCAGUUGAACUACGCAAACCUUUGGUGGCCGCCAUCGGUGUACCUGACGGUCGUCCUGCUCGGAACCAUCAACCUAAUAGUCUCCUACUUCUUCUUGGUAACCUCUCUCUCCUUCUCUCUCUCUCACUCCUUCUGUCCAACUCCAUUCGUCUCAGGUCGAAACGAAGAACGUGAACCUGGACGCAGUGCACAUCGAUCCGUCUUCAGAGGAAGGAACUCCGAUGAUCGACGAGAAACCGCUCCAGAAAUCCGACAAAUAG